GAGAGAGUACUGUGCGGAGAGAGAGAGAGAGAGAGCACGGCGCGUAAAAAAGAGAGCACUGCGCCAAAGCGCAAAGUUGCCUGCUAGUCCACUGGAAGCAUAGCAAGCUGGAAAAGAAAAGAAAGUCUUUAGGGGUACUCUUGGUAAUCCUUGGCUGAUGAGGGUCAGUGCGUUUCUGUAAUUUAAUCCAAGCCUCUGCGCAGCUCCUCAGUGCCAGGGCGCGCGUUUGGGGUUGUUUGGCCUGCAGUAACUCCGCUCGCACCGCCACCAUGAACUUCUCCAAAGAUCAACUCUAGUCCCAGACUCCUUACCGCGCGGGAUUUCCUGAAGCAAAGCUCGGUGUGUGUGUGUGUGUGAUUGUGUGAGUGAGUGAGCAUCUCUGGUGUCGGUUGCUCUUGGUCCAGGUGGAUCGCCGUACAGAUCGGCGGCUCUUCUUCAUCGUAGCCGAGCUGUCAUGCUGCCCAAAGUCGAGUCAGACUGCCUGGGACUCGCUCGGUCGCAUGGGGAGCAGGGCCAUAUUCCUGCAAACAUGCAAGCCCCUCAGUUUAAAAUGAUGGACUACUCAUAUGACGAAGACUUGGAUGAGAUGUGUCCCGUGUGUGGAGACAAGGUGUCUGGAUAUCACUAUGGCCUGCUCACCUGUGAGAGCUGCAAGGGCUUCUUCAAGCGCACUGUGCAGAACAACAAGCGCUACACGUGUAUCGAGAACCAGAGCUGUCAGAUCGACAAGACACAGCGUAAACGCUGCCCGUACUGCCGCUUCCAGAAGUGCCUCAACGUCGGCAUGAAGCUGGAAGCUGUGAGGGCGGACCGCAUGCGCGGUGGUCGCAACAAGUUCGGCCCCAUGUACAAGCGGGACCGCGCGCUCAAGCAACAGAAGAAGGCGCUGAUCCGGGCGAGCGGCCUCAAACUGGAAGCCAUGAACCACACCAUGCAGACCGCACCCACUGACCUCACCAUCUCCUCCGCCAUCCAGACCAUCCACUCAGCUUCCAAAGGGCUGUCGCUGAGCCACCACCACCACCACCACCAUCACCACCAUCAUCACCAGCACCAUCAACAUCACCAGCAUCCCCAGUCCGGCUCCGACUACGACCGCAGCCCGUUCGUCCCGUCGCCGGUCAGCAUGGCCAUGCCGCCGCAGGGCUACCAGGCCUACGGGCACUUCCAGAGCCGGGCCAUCAAGUGCGAGUACCCCGAGCCGUACGGCAGCUCGCCCGAAUCGUUGAUGGGCUACGCGUACGCCGAGGCACCGGGCUUUCCGCGCCUGGUAGCCGAGCUGCUCAAGUGUGAACCGGACGAGCCGCAAGUGCAGGCCAAGAUCCUGGCCUACCUGCAGCAGGAACAGGCCGGACGGAGCAAGCACGACAAGCUCAACACGUUCGGUCUCAUGUGCAAGAUGGCCGACCAGACGCUCUUCUCUAUCGUCGAAUGGGCGCGCAGCAGCAUCUUCUUCCGUGAGCUAAAGGUUGAUGACCAAAUGAAACUCCUCCAAAACUGCUGGAGCGAACUUCUCAUCCUUGACCACAUUUUCCGGCAGGUGAUGCACACCAAGGAGGGCUCCAUCCUGCUGGUAACAGGGCAACAGGUGGAUUACGCGCUGAUCGCGUCCCAAGCCGGGGCCACACUCAACAACCUCCUGAGCCGGGCGCAGGAGCUGGUGAGCAAGCUGCGCUCCCUUCAGCUGGAUCAGAGGGAGUUCGUCUGCCUCAAAUUCCUGGUGCUGUUCAGCUUAGAUGUGAAGAACCUGGAGAACUUCCACCUAGUGGAGAGCGUUCAGGAGCAGGUGAACGCAGCACUGCUCGAUUACGUCAUGUGCAACUACCCGCAGCAGACAGACAAAUUCGGCCAGCUCUUGCUACGGCUGCCUGAGAUCCGCGCCAUCAGCCUGCAGGCUGAGGAAUACCUUUACUACAAGCACCUGAACGGCGACGUGCCCUGCAACAACCUGCUCAUCGAGAUGCUGCACGCCAAACGCGCCUGAACCUCGAAGCAUUUUUCCGAAAUCAACCGACGCGCACACACACACUGCUCCCAGACAACACUCUUCCAGUCGAGCAUCAGCAGCCACAGCAUCAAAACAUGCACUCAGAAGCAGUGCCGUGCUUACGCUGGGAUUCCAUGGUUCGGGCCAAAACUGAGAAGGAAACGGGGAGCCGAUAGACUGAUAACGGGGAAUCCGUUCCCCCAUCCCCCACCGAAUUCAAAUGACAAAUGAAGAAAUUUACCAGAACAGUGAUGUUAUGACCUCUGAUCUCUUGGUACAGCUCUGAUAAACUUUCUGUGAGCAGCUAAAACUUUAUAUUUCAAGCGUAAUCAUUUCCCCUCUCAUGAGGGUUCGAGACGGCACGUCUUGUAUCUUGUCCAAGACCUGGAGCUGUCAAGAUGGCCUUCGAGCUUGAGCAGUAGAAUGAAGUCACCUGGUGCAUACUUAAAUACGUCUCGGUUCAAACAGCAGGACUCGCGUUCUCUUACUCGAGAGGUUAAAACGUGCAUUCAUGGAACAUUUUUUCUUAUAAUUUUUUUUUUUUUACCUCUGAACCCGUACAAGUUCUUUCAUUUUUAUUAAGUUAUUAAACAGUCAUGUUUGUCCGUAUGGUUUCACUGACGCGGUGUAGAGGAGGAAAAAAAAAGGAGCACUAUAAAACUCUGAGACACUAUAAGAUCCGUUUCGUUUCAUCACAGCGCGACGAAAGACGCCGUUGCAGAGCCGAGAUGAAGAAAUACUGCCUCGGUCCAAACCAGACCAAAGCCUGCUGCAGAACAAACUCAAGAAACAACAAACAACCUUUUAUUGUCAGUAUUAUGUGAGUCUUGCCUUAUUUUAUUACCAUGCUAGCUAACUGUGCUGAUGUGAACUAUAACAUGUAAAAAAUGUAAUAUAUAUACACACACACGUAUAUAUAUAUAUUAUAUAUUAUAUAUAAGUAUUAAUGUAAUACAACUAAGCAGAGGUGUUUACAUUGAUGUGGUCACGUGGGAGAGAACUGUGAUGUAAAGUAAAGUGGAGGUGAGCUGAAUUGCAAAGCAAUGAAUUCUUAUAUAAAAAAAAGAAAGAAAGAAAAAACAAGAAAUCUGUUCCUCUGGUUUGUUUUCUUCAGUGUGUACAGUUUUCAUCUUUGUCCAGUACUUAACAAUGUCGUGAGACACUAAAAUCAGAAAGGAAAUCACACUUUAUAUUUGUGCUUCAGGAUAUUCAGUCAUUCGAUCAACUGUACCAGUUUUUUUUUUUUUUUUUUUUUUUAAUUCCUGUCUCCAUUAUUUCGCAUUUUUAUGUUCUCCUUUUUAAAUGUAUGUCACUGCUUAAACAUAAUUUAUUGUGUAAUGCUUUUAUUCUUGUGUGUGUGUAUAUAUGUAUGGAUGGAUGAAUGAAUGGAUGGAUAUGUGUGUGUGUGUGUGUGGGUGUGUGUAAGCACAAAAGCAGUCAAUAAUGAUGUACAAUAAAGCAUGGUUUUUUCAACAAAAAAAAAAAAAAAAAAGAAAAAACUGUCUACCGAAGACCGGAAAAGUGAUCCCGAGACGAAAUGAAUCAUCUGUGCGUCACUGAUGAGGGGUUCGUUCAAGUGAAGUCAUGUGACCGUGCUUUCAUCUCAUUCUAUACCAAAGACAGGAUCUAAUCUUGAUUAAAGAACAACAGCUUAUCAUCAUCAUCAUCAUCAUCAGCGUCUACUGAUCAAAGCGGCGGCGUGGACAGUUAGUCAGAGGGCUCGGGAUGUCUUACGCAAAUAUCGGGUCGUGGUGAGCGUUGGGACAUUAUUGAAUGUUUGUCUCAAUUAUUAAUGAAAGUAAUUAUGUUGGUCUCACGAUAUUUAUUGAAUUUUGACAUGAAAAAGGAAA